AAAAAAUCGACAGGAUGUGAGGAUUUCGAGAUAAAUCAAACGAACCGAUUCGUUUAAAAGUGAGCGUCCUAGAUUCAUAGGCUAUAUCGUAAUAUUUCCACCUUCCUUCGACACUACUUCUUGAAAGAGUACCGAAAAGAAAGGAAGUCAAUGUUUGCCAUUUGGUUUUCUUUGGAAGACAUCUCAGUGCGUAUCCACAGCCACUUUCAUUGUUCUUUUAUCUGUCUUGGCUUCAACAAGACAUUUAACUUCAUUCUAACUAUCGCUGACUUCUUACCGUCUGCUUCAAAUAUAUCUCGAAUUUUUUUAUUUGCGUUACCAAAAGAGAGCAAGAAAAAGACGGAGAGAUUUUUUCAUUGGUGAUUUUAAAGAGAAAGUUAAUCUGGGAGAUUCGAUAGAGUUAUGCCAUCAUACACAAUCAAACCUUGGACAUUGUCGUUGUUAACGUUAAUAUUCAUUACGUUCGAUUGGACAAGUUCGGAAAGUGGUACAACAAUUGGAAACAGAGAUGGUUGUGGUGAUAGAUUGGAACGUGCUUUGGAUGCACUUCAAAGAGAUUCGAAUAGACGAAGAAAUAGACUACAAGAAGAAGGAGAAGGUCGUGAACCAAAUUACCAAGAAGAAUUACAAUCCGCACCAUUGGCAAUGACGAUUUCACGAAUUGCAGUAAAGUUUCCACAGAAUGCAAGAAGUCGAGCAAGUUCAUGGGCAAGAGUUGAAACAUGUUAUUUUGAGCCUUCGAGUAAUUCAUUAAAAACCAGAGUAACAUUCAAUGAUUUAUCUAUAUCAGGAACAGUGUCAUUAUUGAUGAGAGAAGAACGGCGAUCUCAUAUACCUUUGGAAUCAUGUAGAAUGACUUUACGAUUGAGACAAGCUGGUAUCGAUAUUUUCACUGGUACAAUUGCCAGAGCUCGUGGACAAAUGCGUAUACGUACAGAAUCAAGCUUUUUAGAGCCAAGAUUUGCUUCACUUUACGCUUAUGGAUGUCAUCCCAAUCGUCAUGAGAAAGAGCUUAAAAGACAGGACAAGUGGCCACCUUAUUAUCCUCCUCGUGAUGACCUUCCUGUACUAUUGGCUGAGCCACGUCGCUUAUUCACCGUAUCCGAAGACGCAGAUUUAUUAAUAGCAAACGAAAGUCGAGUUGCACGUACUUCAAGUACACCAAUAAGAAACUUAGGUACCUGGAGAAAUAAUUUUUGGAUAACUAAAUCAGCAGUAGUACGUCGAAGGAGAGGAAUUAAGAAACGUAAUACGAACGAUGUAACAAUGAUGGUGACUAUGAAGAAAGAUAAAAAAGAUCAUUUUCCCGAAGAUCAUCAAGGAUCUAAAUCAAUGGAAAUCGAGAUAACACCGGGUGAUUUUGUAACUGCAUUGGUCAAUGAUAAAAAACUUUCCCAAGCUAAAAAGGAAUCAAUGAUGGUCAAUGAAUCAACUGCAGAAACAAUGACGACUACUAUUAAUCUUCUAGAUCGUUCUGUAAAUUUGUUAAAAAACGAUAGUGUCGAUGAUGAUUGUCAAGAAAAAAAAUCUAAUUUCAAAAGGGAAUACAAUUUUCAUGAAUCACCAACAAGAAUUGAAUCUAGAGAGACUCUUUUGUUGGAUGAAAAUCUUUAUGAUAUAUUUAUUCCUAAUUUUAAUGAUAAUGAUGAUGAUAACGUUAGUAAUAACGAUGAGGAUCAAGGUAAUAAUCGAAGUUGGCAAUCGAAAGAAAAUAUUGCUAGAGAAAUGGAAGAUAUUUUUCUUCGUGGUGCUAGUAAAACAUUGACAAGUUACAUCGAACGACAAUUACAUCCUGCUAUCAAGGAAGCUCUUAUGAUUUCUAUGGGAUAUACCAUUAGUUAUGGAUAGAUUAUAGAUAGAUUAAUAGAUCAAAUUAGGGAUGUAUAAUUAAUUAAUAUUAUUAGUAACAAAUGCAUUAUUAUUUUUGUCUUGGAAAUUCAGAUACUUUAUAUCUAUGUUGUAUUUAUUUAUUUAUUGAAUAUAAAAUAAGAGUUAGGCUUAUGAAAUAUCUUAUUUAUUAAUU